AAAAAAAAUAACGAGAAACAAAAAAACAAAACAAAUAAAGCAAAAAUGCGAUAUGGUCAUCAUCAUCAUCUUCUACGACUACCGUUGGUAACUCCGUCUCUAGUCUCCGCUGCUCUCUUCCUCCGAUCGGCCGUUCGAUUCUCCAAACUCUAUACUCCUCCUCCGCUUCCAGCUCUCGUAGAAGAUAUAGGUUGAAUCGCGUGAUCGCAGAUAUGGAGAGUGAGAAGGAAUUGAUUAACGAAGCUAAAAGAACUGUUACUCCCAGAUUGUGCAGAGUCUCUGGUUCAAUGACGGAGGUGAUGGAGAUUCAAGCUGAGAGUCCCAAGUUUCAUGUACUGUUCAUUCCGGGAAACCCAGGUGUUGUGUCGUUUUACAAUGACUUCUUGGAAUCUUUACACCAGUUUCUUGAUGGCAAUGCGUCGAUUACAGCUGUUGGGCAAAUAUCUCACACCAGCAAGGACUGGGAAUCUGGUAAGCUGUUUUCCUUGCAAGACCAAAUCGAUCAUAAGGUUGAAUUUAUUAGGCAGGAGUUAGAGAGCGUGAAAGUCCCAAUCAUAUUGGUUGGGCAUUCUAUUGGGUCUUAUAUAUCACUUGAAAUAUUAAGGAAGUGCUCGGAGAAGGUUUUAUAUUGCAUUGGCCUAUAUCCAUUUUUGACUCUGAACCAACAAUCAACAAAGCAAUCACUAAUUGGGAAACUUGCAGCGUCUUCUCUUCUGUCUGCUACAGCAAGCUUUCUGGUUGCAUCGUUGGGACUGUUACCUAUGUCGGCUGCACGUCGCCUUGUAUCAUACUCUCUUGGAGCUUCAUGGUCUGAUACUGCUGUUCAAGCUACUUGCACUCACUUGAGGCAGUAUCACACUAUGCGUAAUGUUCUAUAUAUGGCAAUGACAGAGUUUAGAGAGCUCGCUGCAGAGCCAGACUGGGAGUUCAUGAGAGAAAACCAGAGCAAGCUUGCGUUUUUAUUUGGCAUUGAUGAUCAUUGGGGUCCGCUGCAACUCUUUGAAGAGAUUUCAAAGCAUGCUCCUGGUACUUGCUUAUCUAUCGAGAGGGAAGGUCACACCCACGGGUUUUGCUGCACCGUGGCUGGCUCGGUGUGGGUUGCGCAGCACGUUGCCACUCGUAUCAAGACCCGGUUGCAUCAAAAGUGUUUAUAACGGCUGAUUAAGAGGCUGUGCAAGUUGGUCUGGCUCAGACAAAUCUACUUAUUAAACAUAUCCAUAAUUGCCGCGACAGUUGCAUCAAGUCAAUAAAUCGGAUUAGUGAGGAUUUAAGAUGAUAAAGUGUUUGGUAAGCCGAGAAAAUUAGAGACCUAUAGUUAAAUACACCAAUCGUAUUGUAGGAGAAAUUUUAGACAACUAAUUUUUUAUUGUAGGAGGAACUAAAUUCGUAUUAUCAUUAUACUUACGUAACGCUAUUAUUCUCAA